CCAUUUCCCUUCCGUCCGCGUCCGUCGAACGUCGAUCAACCAGGAACAGUACGCUCCAUGGACCUCCCAAAUUCCACAAACAAAAUCUGCAAACCCACCUCGAAUGUUCUUGCUCAAGAAACCAGAUAUAAAUACCGCCCCCAAAUUGUGUCCCCAGAUCACGUUUGGGCUGCACACUCCACGCUCCAUUAUCCCAAAACCACAAAUCUUUUCGAAUGCGAGGGAAAAAAAUCUCCAGGAUUGACGACGAUAAUCGAUAAUGGCUUCUGCAAUUUCCAUUCCGACGCCAUUUCUAUCCCGUUCUUCCGCACCAUACAUUGAGAAUAAACCCUCGCCCUCGCUCUCGCUCUAUUUCUCGUCCCCUAAACAAGCUUCUCCUCAAUUGAGCUUCGCGCCGUACUCGCAGUGGGUUUUGAGUGUGCGCAAGCAGCUAGGCAUAAUCUCGAUCCCCAAAUUCUCCGCGAGAAUGAGAAGGAAGGGGAGAGGAAAGAAGCACAGUGGAGCAUAUGCUUCAUUGUUUGGUGUCGGUGCUCCUGAAUUUCUUGUUAUUGGAGUUGUUGCUUUGCUUGUUUUUGGCCCCAAAGGUCUUGCCGAGGCAGCUCGGAGCUUGGGCAAAACAAUACGCUCAUUCCAGCCGACCAUAAGAGAACUCCAGGAAGUUUCGAGGGAAUUCAAGAGCAGCCUCGAGAGAGAAAUCGGUCUGGAUGAAGUCGACAGUCCUUCAUCCAACCGAUUCGGCUCUAACACCACUAGCUCUACAUCGGACGAAUCAAUGACAAAUGCAAAUCAAUCUUCCACAGAGGAUCCUGCGGCCGAAACCGGCGCUUACACGGCCGACGAAUACUUGAAGGUCACCGAAGCACAGCUGAAAGCAGCUAUGCAAGAUCAGAUACAGCCCCAAACUCCAUCGGACAAAACUCCUCCAAAGCGUGGAUCAGACAAGUGAAAAUGUACGUGUAUAUGUGUGUGUAUAUAUAUAUAUAUGUAUAUAUAGGAGCACGAGAUUAGGAGAGUGUUGAGUUUGUCUCAAACACUUUCCAGAGCUGUUUGUCGAGAUAAUUUGUUUUGACAGAAAAUAAAUUUUGAAAAUAAACACUUUGCUGACA